GUUACGGAGUAUAACGAGUAGGGUUGGGAUUCAGUCGUCGCGUAUAUUUCUGUUAAGUACGUGUCAGGACAACGGACGCGGCGUAAGCACCGCCGAGUUGAAUGAUUCGAUAGUGAGUAAAAGAGUGAGUAGGAUCGAACGUUUGUAACAUUCAGUGGGUGUUAAAAACAUACGGGUGAAAAAUCAAGUAAAAAGAUAGCAGGUAGUGCGAAGAGAUAAAUCGGUGUGCUAAGAAGUGGUCGAUCCUUAUCAAAAAAUGUCGACGAAAGCCAGCAAGAAAACCGUUGUAACAUCGUCGAGCGUCAGCUCGGUCCAGUCGCCGACGCCGAGUACAUCGACGCCCGUUGGCCGCCGCCCGGGAAGCCCGUUGAGCCCGACGCGUUACUCGCGUCUUCAGGAGAAGCAGGAUCUGCAAAAUUUGAACGACCGUCUAGCAUGUUACAUAGAAAAGGUCCGUCACCUGGAGGCCGAAAACUCGCGGCUCACGCGAGAGGUGCAAACUAGUCAGGAGACGGUGACGCGGGAGGUUACCAACAUUAAAUCCAUGUACGAACACGAACUCUCCGACGCUAGGAAACUGCUGGACGACACGUCGAGGGAAAGGGCAAAACUUGAGAUCGACACGAAGCGUCUCUGGGACGAUAACGAGGAAUUGAAAAAUAAACUCGAAAAGAAAACCAAGGAUCUACAAAUAGUCGAGAACAACUUGAUGAUCUACGAAUCGCGUUGCGGGGAUUUGCAAACAAAGUUUAACCAGUCUGCAGCUGAGCGAAAAAAGCUCGCGGAACGAGAACGGGAACUCGAGAAGGAGGUUGAACGCCUCCAGGCGCUGCUCGAUGACGCGCGAAAGCACCUCGAGGAAGAGACCCUUCAGCGAAUCGACCUGGAGAACAACAUACAGAGCUUGAAGGAGGACAUAAGUUUCAAAGAUCAAGUCUACCAGCAGGAAUUGACCGAGACACGAACGCGACGUCAGUCUUCAUUGCAGGUCGAGAUUUCCGAGAUUGACGGGCGCCUGGCCGAGCAGUACGAGGCUAAGCUGCAACAAUCGUUGCAAGAAUUGCGCGAACAGUAUGAAUCUCAGAUGCGCGCCAAUCGGGAGGAGAUCGAAUUGCUCUAUGAGAACAAGAUUAAGAACCUGACAUCCCACGCCCAACGAAACAGCGGUGCGGCGAGCCUUGCUGUAGAGGAGCUUCGUCAGACCAGGUCCCGUAUCGACGGACUAAAUCAACGCAUUAACGAGCUCGAGGCCACAAACAACGCGCUCAAUUCUCGCAUCAGAGAUCUCGAGAACUUGCGCGAAAAUGAGCGUGCUCGGCAUGCUGAAGAUUUGGCCAGUCUGGAUGCUGAGCUGGCAAGAAUGCGUGACGAGAUGGCACAGCAGCUGCAGGAGUAUCAAGAUCUGAUGGACAUAAAGGUGGCGCUAGACCUGGAGAUAGCCGCCUACCGAAAACUGCUAGAAUCAGAAGAGGCAAGGUUGAACAUUACACCGAUGCAAUCGCCCGCUUCGUUAUCCAGCGGAAGAGGAACCCCAUCGCGCAACACUCCACUUAGAGGUGGUAAAAGAAAGCGUACUUUGUUGGAGGAGAGCGAAGAGCGCAGCAGUAGUGACUAUAGCGUAUCUGGAACUGCCAGAGGCGAUAUCGAGAUUACUGAAGCUGAUCCACAGGGACGUUAUAUCAAACUUACCAACAAGGGCAACAAGGAGAUAGUUUUGAGUGGGUGGCAGUUGAUCCGCAAAGCUGGAGCACUAGAGACGAAUUUCAAAUUCCAUCGUAGCGCAAAGGUCGAUGCAGGAGCGACUGUGACUGUUUGGUCAGCAGAUAUCGGAGCAUCUCACGAACCUCCGACCAACCUUGUUAUGAAGGGACAAAAGUGGUUUACGGCAGAUAACAUGACUACAACCUUACUUAACAGCGAAGGAGAGGAAUUGGCAACGUCCGAACGGAAGCGGCAACAGCUGUCCAGUACCUUGUCGCGACACAGGGAAAAUAUUGGGUUUCGAAACUCAGAGGAUCUUCACCACCAACAGAGAAGAUAUCUCUACCCGUAUUAAUGAUCGUGAGGGCGCACAGCUCAGGCAGGCGGCCUAUGGUGACCCUCAGGGUGAAGAACGCUGCCGCAUAAUGUGAGAAAAAAAAGGGGACGUGUUAUUGGUAUAAAAAAACCGACGAAAAUAAAACAAGAAAAAAAAAAAUUACCGCAGGGCUUUUUUAAUAUCUCUUUACUAUAAGUUUAAUUAUCCGCGAGUUACCGUACCAGCUAGGACGGAAUUUGCUGAAAUGAAAGUGGCGCGACGCCCUGAACCUUACCGCCUUAAAAAACAAAAAUAUUUUAUCAACAAUGCUCGUUGCCAGUGAUCCUCGCUAUUUCCAUUAUGAAUGUAAAUCGCGAAAAAUGUUCGAUUAAGUAAUAACAAUAAUAACGCUCACGAUUGUUAUAAUUUUUGUAGAUUCAUGAUAUCCCGAAAAAUAACGGGGAAAAAGAAACAUUUAAUUUCGUGAGAACACCGGUUUUCGCUGGCAGCGUGAACAGUUAAUUUAUAUCUAUUAUAUUGUAUCUCAUAAAUACAAAACCUUAGAAUAAUAGUUUAAGGUGUCGGUACGAGAUGAUUGAUUGAUCAAAACAGUAAAAAAUCAAAUAGGUAAUUUGUAACAGAUUAUCUUAUUCAUAUAGGCUGUAAAACAAAAUCUGUUUUCUUCGCUAUCAUAUAAUUUCUUCCUUUUAUUUUCUUUUCACCGCAUAACUGCACCACAAUUAUUAAUGAAGUCCUGAAAUCGUCAUCUGGUAUUUUACCAAUCAUCGUUGUGUUCAAAAGCUUGAUUAAUUAAUUAACAAACAAAAACAACUAAUCAAUUGUUCUGUGUUAGUUGUGUGGUUGGUGUUAUCUUUAUUUUUCCCCGCGCUGUGUACCACGGUUAGUCUAGUAAUUAGUUUUGAUUUUUUUUUUUUAAUCUCCCCGUCAUUUGUUUUAAAGAUAUCUUUUUAAACCAUCGACUUAAUUUCCAGUUACGUCAUGGAGCACUAAUUAUCACUAUCAGUUAAAACAAAAAACUCCAGCAAUUUUUCAAUCUCCGAACUACGCCACUUAUCCAAGUGCCACAGAGAAUGAAAAAUUGCACUUUCGGAAAUUCAAAAGAAGAAAAAACACUAAACGCAGCACGGUUUUACAGUAAAGAAAGAGAAGAACGUAUAGUUAUUAAAAAUGAAUAUAUCUCUUAAUUAAUACAAAUAAUGAAAACUGAAAAUAAUAGUUGUACCAACGUACGAAUCUCUGCUGAUGUCCAUUGUCUCCUUAAUAGAACGUACUAUGAUGUAGCAAUUUUGUAAAACUAUUAUAUGAGUAUUGUUGGUUUAUUGUUGAUUAAUUCUUCUGGCUUAGCCUUCCAACCACCAUUGCCCUCCAUAUAAAAUAAUGACUCUAGUUGUAGAAGUUGCGUACUAGAAGCAGUACAGUCUAUCCAAAAUAUGAACACCUACACCACGCACACGCAGCACAUUAUUGUGGUAGAUACACGAGGCACAAUAAACAUGGAGAUAACGAUGAGAGUAGCAGUAAUGAAGAAA